AUGACCUUCACCUUCAAAGCCCUGCUCUGUCUUGGAAUGACUCUGGGCCUCUGGAUCACAGUGCUGACAGAGUUCCUCCCUAAGCCCAUCCUCAGAGUACAGCCAGACACUGUGGUCUCCACACAGAGUAAGGUGAUCAUCUUCUGUGAGGGGAGUCAAGGAGCCAAACGUUACUGUCUCUAUAAAAAGGGAAGCCAAAAUCCAUGGUGCAAUGGAAUUCGACCUAAACCUGGCAAGAAGGUUGAAUUCUCCAUCUCAAAAAUUGACCAGAACCAUGCAGGACAUUACUACUGUUAUUAUCAGAUCCAUGGUCAAUGGUCAGAGGAGAGUGAUGCGCUGGAGCUGGUAGUGACAGGAGCACACAGUAAACCCAGGCUGUCAACCCAGCCAAGCCCUGUGGUGAGCUCAGUACAGAAGGUGACCCUCCAGUGUGUGUCAGGGCAGAAUUAUGACAGGUUCAUUCUGACUAAGGAAGGAUCACAGAAGCUCCUCUGGAGGCAGGACUCACAGUAUAACUAUGAUACUGGGAUUUCUCAGGCCUUCUUUUCUGUACCACCAGUGACCUCCAGCCAGAGGUGGGCAUUCAGAUGCUACAGCUAUGACAGUAGCAAUCCACAGGUGUGGUCAGAACCUAGUGACACCCUGGAGCUCCUGAUCUCGGAGAAUCUCCCCAAACCCAUCAUCAAGGCUGAACCAGGCUCUGUGGUCACUCUAACUAGUUUCAUGACCAUCUGGUGUCAGGGUACCCUGGAUGCAGAAGUGUAUUUUCUGUAUAAAGAGGGGAGCCAUUCAACCUGGAGCACAGAGGCUCUACAAAAGCCUGGGAAAAAGGGCAAGUUUUUCUACCCUUCUGUGACAGAAGAACAUGCAGGGAAAUAUUGUUGUUAUUGGUACAGCUCAGCUGGUUGGUCAGAGCCCAGUGACAUCCUGGAGCUGGUGGUGACAGGAAUCUAUGACUACAAUGAACUCAGGCUGUCAGUACUGCCCAGCCCUGUGGUGACAGUGGGAAGGAACAUGACACUGCACUGUGUCUCACAUAGUCACUAUGAUAAAUUCAUUCUCACCAAGGAAGAUCACAAGUUCACCAGCUCACUGGACACACAGUGUAUACCUCCUAGUGGACAGUGCCAAGCUCUGUUUGUUAUGGGACCCAUGACAUCAAACCACACAGGGACAUUCCGAUGUUAUGGUUACUACAAGCAUUCUCCACAGUUGUGGUCAGUACCCAGUAAGCCCCUGGAAAUUCAUAUCUCAGGGCUGUCCAAGAAGCCCUCUCUGCUAACUCACCAAGGCCACAUCCUGGACCCUGGAGUUAACCUCACACUGCAGUGUUGCUCUGACAUCAACUAUGACAGAUUUGCUCUGUACAAAGUUGGAGGUGCUGACAUUAUGCAGCACACUAGCCAGUGAACUGACACUGGCUUCUCCAUGACCAACUUCACACUGGGCUAUGUGAGCCACUCUACUGGAGGCCAAUACAGAUGCUAUGGUGCACACAACCUCUCCUCUGAGUGGUCAGCAUCCAGUGAUCCCCUGGACAUCCUGAUCACAGGACAGAUUUAUGACACACCUUCCCUCUCAGUGAUGCCUAACUCCUCAGUACACUCAGGAGAGAAUGUGACCCUGAUGUGUUGGUCAAUGCACCCUGUGGACACUUUCAUUCUGUCCAAGGAGGGAUCAGGCCAGCCACCCCUUCGACUAAAAUCAAAGUUUCAAGAUCAGCAGUACCAGUCAGAAUUCUCCAUGAGUGCUGUGACCUCCACCCACUCGGGCACCUACAGGUGCUAUGGUUCUCAGGACUCAUCUCUCUACCUGUUGUCAUUUGCCAGUGCCCCUGUGGAGCUCAGAGUCUCAGGACCCAUUCGAAUGUCUACCUUGCCGCCCAUAACAUCCAUGCCACCAGAUCAGCUGGAAAGUUAUGUGAAUGCUCUGAUAGGAGUGUCUGUGGCCUUCCUGCUGUUCCUCUUCAUCCUCAUCUUCAUCAUUCUCCAAAGAAGACAUCAGAGAAAAUUCAGAAAGGAUGGUGAAGAGGCCCAGAAAGAGGAAGAACUACAAUAUCCUACAGGAGCUGUGGAGCCCAUAAGCAGGGAUAGAGACCAGCAGAAGAGGUCCAAUGCAGCUGCUGCCACCCAGGAGGAAAGCGUUUAUGCUUCAGUGGAGGACAUGGAAACUGAGGAUGGUGUGGAGCUGGACACUUGGAAACCACCUGAGGGAGAUCCACAGGGAGAGACAUACGCCCAAGUAAAACCCUCCAGGCUCAGGAGGGUAGGAGCUAUCAUUCCUUCUGCCAUGUCAAGGGAGCAGCUGAACACAAAAUAUGAACAAGCAGAAGAGGGCCAAGAGGUGGACAGUCAGGCUACUGAAUCCGAAGAGCCUCAGGAUGUGACCUAUGCCCAGCUGUGCAGCAGGACACUCAGGCAGGGGACAGCUGCACCUCCUCUCUCCCAGGCAGGAGAAGCCCCAGAGGAGCCCAGUGUAUAUGCUGCUCUAGCGACUGCUCGCCCAGGAGCUGUUCCCAAGGACAAGGAACAGUGACCUUCUGCCUGCCAGGAUGCCUAACAGAGACCGCCAAGAGACUCUGGGAACUUUUGGAAACCUGAUUGUACUUUAGGUAACAACACACUUUGGAAACUAAGCCAGAUGUUUCCCAAUAAUCAAGUGAAGUGAGAAAUGAAAUAGAAGGGACAGUUUUACAUUGAGACCUAAUUUUAAUGACAUUUUUCAUCAAAUGAGAAAAUUUACAGCCUCAGUUUCACAGCCUUAUAAUUCUAACCCAUGGGAGGCUGAGGCAGGAGAAUUGCCUUUGCUUUGUGGCCAUAGUGGGAUAUCUAGUGAAUUUCAUGAUACCCUGGGGUACAUAGUGAGACAUGUUUCAAACAAUGGUCGCCACCAAAGGCCAGGGUGGAAGUAUGUACUUGAAAGCCUAGCACUUUGGAGGAGUGGAAAGGAUGGUCAAGCGGUCAAGGUCAUCUUCAGAUACACAGGAGCCUACGAGUAAGAGGCAAUCCUGGAACACACUAGACACUGUAAAAAUAGAUAAAUAAGCCAGGCUUGGUAGUGCAUGCCUUCAGUCUCAUCACUAAGAAAGUAGAGACAGGCAGAUUUGAGCAAAUCUUUGUGAGUUCAAGACCAGAUAAUCUACAUAGUAAGCUCCAAUACAGCCAGGGACAUACACAUAAAUCUUGUCUCAAAAUACAUAAACAAAAUAGGGCCAGGAAGAUGACUCAGAAGUAAAGGCACUUGCAACCAUGACUAAUAUCUUAAGUUCAAUCAGCAGGAAAACUAGAAUGAGAAAAGGAACUCCAAGAAAUAUCAUCUCAUUUCUACCUAAGUCCUUGAUG